UCAUCUCAAAUUUAACAAAUUCGACGUAGAAGGGAAACUAUAGCUUAUCACUAAAAUUAAAGAUGUAUAGAUCAUCGAGUACAACUCGAGUUUCAGACGAUUAUUUUAAUAGCUAUUAUUCUUCAUCUUCAAAUUCAUCACCCUCACAAAAAGUGUCUCCAGCAUUAAGAGCUUUGUCUUUGGAAACUAAUGAAUUAUUACCAAUACAUGAACCACUUUCGGAUAUUGCUAAGAAGGAAAAAUCUCGUGCCAAAUUUGCAGAGAAUGCUGUUCAUGUUAUACCUUUGGUUUUGCUCUUGUGUGGAUUUAUCCUAUGGUUUUUGUCUAAUCCAGAUAUUGAUGCGCCAUUGAAAGAGGAAGCAAUUGCUAAAAGAAUAGAAGGAUUAAACCUUGAUGGAGAUCUCGAUCCUGAUGGCAUGCAUAUUGCAAAUUUACCUCUAGAAUUGAGUGAUGAUGAUUUGAUCAAGAAAGAUGAAAAUCGUCGAACAUCUUAUAUGGAAAAUGGAUUUCCAUAAAUAUCUUUUUUGUUUCUUUUUCACUUAUUUUCGUACCCAAAUUCUCACUAUUUAUGCUUUGAGGAUUGUUGUUGCCAAAUCAUUUUUGAGUGACGAAGUUAUUAGGGAUUUCUCUUCAAUGUCUACUAAGAUGUUUCGGUAUUUGGUUGACGCUAUUAUAUGGAAAAGACUUUGAUUUUCUCAAAGAUUAGAGAUGCUACUGCUACUAUAUAUGUUUCUGUCUUUGACCUAUCGAUUGAGAAUGCUUCUUAUUGUAUCCGUAAAAAUAGACGGUUUGAAUUUCUUUUUUCAUC